AUGACACUCUCCACAACAGAAGCCAUCACAUCGUCCGCAAGGGAAGCCAGCACAUCGUCCACAACGGAAGCCAUCACAUCAUCCACAACAGUCGCCAGGACACCCUCUACAACGGAAGUCAUGAAAUCCUUCACAACGGAAGCCAUCACAUCCUCCACAACGGAAGCUAGAACAUCCUCCACAACGGAAGCCAUCACAUCCUCCACAACAGAAGCCAGGACACCCUCCACAACGGAAGUCAUCACAUCCUCCACAAUGGAAGUCAUCACACCGUCCACAACAGAAGCCAUCACAUCCUCCACAACGGAAGCCAGCACAUCCUCCACAACGGAAGCCAUGACAUCCUUCACAAAAGAAGCCAUCACAUCCUCCACAACGGAAGCCAACACAUCCUCCACAACGGAAGCCAUCACAUCAUCCACAACGGAAGUCAUGAUAUCGUCCACAACGGAAGCCAGCACAUCCUCCACAAUGGAAGCCAGCACAUCCUCAACAACGGAAUCCAUCACAUCAUCCACAACGGAAUCCAUCACAUCGUCCACAACGGAAGCCAGCACAUCGUCCACAACGGAAGCCAGCACAUCGUCCACAACGGAAGCCAUCACAUCAUCCACAACAGUCGCCAGGACACCCUCCACAACGGAAGUCAUGACAUCCUUCACAACAGAAGCCAUCACAUCCUCCACAACGGAAGCUAGAACAUCCUCCACAACGGAAGCCAUCACAUCAUCCACAACAGAAGCCAGGACACCCUCCACAACGGAAGUCAUCACAUCCUCCACAAUGGAAGUCAUCACACCGUCCAAAACAGAAGCCAUCACAUCCUCCACAACGGAAGCCAGCACAUCCUCCACAACGGAAGCCAUGACAUCCUUCACAAAAGAAGCCAUCACAUCCUCCACAACGGAAGCCAUUACAUCCUCCACAACGAAAGCCAUGACAUCAUCCACAACGGAAGUCAUGAUAUCGUCCACAACGGAAGCCAGCACAUCCUCCACAAUGGAAGCCAGCACAUCCUCAACAACGGAAUCCAUCACAUCAUCCACAACGGAAUCCAUCACAUCGUCCACAACGGAAGCCAGCACAUUGUCCACAUCGGAAGCUAGCACAUCGUCCACAACGGAAGUCAUGACAUCCUCCACAACGGAAGCCAUGACAUCCUCCACAACAGAAGCCAUGACAUCGACCACAACGGAAGCUAUCACGUCAUCCACAACAGUCGCCAUGACACUCUCCACAACGGAAGCCAUCACAUCGUCCGCAAGGGAAGCCAUCAUAUCGUCCACAACGGAAGCCAUCACAUCCUCCAAAACGGGAGCCAUCACAUCAUCCACAACGGAAGCCAGCACAUACUCAACAACGGAAGCCAGCACAUCGUCCACAACGGAAGCCAUCACAUCAUCCACAAUAGUCGCCAUGACACCCUCCACAACGGAAGUCAUGACAUCGUCCACAAUGGAAGCCAUCACAUCCUCCACAACGGAAGCCAUCACAUCCUCCACAACGGAAGCCAUGACAUCCUCCACAAAAGAAGCCAUCAAAUCAUCCACAACGGAAGCCAUCACAUCAUCCACAACGGAAGUCAUGAUAUCGUCCACAACAGAAGACAGCACAUCCUACACAACGGAAGCCAGCACAUCCUCCACAAUGGAAGCCAGCACAUCCUCGACAACGGAAUCCAUCACAUCAUCCACAACGGAAUCCAUCACAUCGUCCACAACGGAAGCCAGCACAUCGUCAACAUCGGAAGCUAGCACAUCGUCCACAACGGAAGCCAGCACAUCCUCCACAACGGAAGUCAUGACAUCCUCCACAACGGAAGCCAUGACAUCCUCCACAACAGAAGCCAUGACAUCGACCACAACGGAAGCUAUCACGUCAUCCACAACAGUCGCCAUGACACUCUCCACAACGGAAGCCAUCACAUCGUCCACAACAGUCGCCAUGACACCCUCCACAACGGAAGCCAUGACAUCCUCCACAAAAGAAGCCAUCAAAUCAUCCACAACGGAAGCCAUCACAUCAUCCACAACAGAAGACAUCACAUCCUACACAACGGAAGCCAGCACAUCCUCCACAAUGGAAGCCAGCACAUCCUCGACAACGGAAUCCAUCACAUCAUCCACAACGGAAGCCAUCACAUCGUCCACAACAGUCGCCAUGACACCCUCCACAACGGAAUCCAUCACAUCAUCCACAACGGAAGCCAUCACAUCCUCCACAACAGUCGCCAUGACAUCCUCCACAACGCAAGCCAUCACAUCAUCCACAACAGUCGCCAUGACACCCUCCACAACGGAAUCCAUCACAUCAUCCACAACGGAAGCCAUCACAUCCUCCACAACAGUCGCCAUGACAUCCUCCACAACGCAAGCCAUCACAUCAUCCACAACAGUCGCCAUGACACCCUCCACAACGGAAGCCAUCACAUCAUCCACAACGGAAGUCAUGACAUCCUCCACAAUUGAAGCCAGCACAUCCUCAACAACGGAAGCCAUCACAUCCUCCACAACGGAAGCCAUCACAUCAUCCACAACGGAAGCCAUUACAUCAUCACUUAUGCAAACAUCGACAACGACUAAAGCAGCUAUGAUAGUUUGUGAAAAUGGCGGAACGUCAGACGGCGCAACCUGUAGUUGUGUCUCCUCCACUACCGGAACACGCUGUGAAACUCGGAUUGAAGACUGUCAGGACAUUGGUCAGUACAUAUCAACAACCCCCGGCACGUACUCAGUCUGGCCGGACACCUCCGAGGCGCCGUUUGACAUAGAGUGCUCGGAUUUUGAUACCUUUACUACCAUGAUGAUGUUCAGGGACAAAACCAUCAGUGGCUGCGAGGCGACACCCGUGACGUACCUCGACGUGCCCUGGGCCGACUACAAGUCUGGGUUCAACAACUCCGACUGCUACAUGUGGCUUGGCCUAGAGAAGAUACACGCUCUGACCAGUGUCCGAUCUUAUGACCUUUACGUGUCCUUGAAGAAAUUUGAUACCACUCCCGGUCAAGUGUCUUACAGCGCCUUCUCUGUCGGUGACGAGGCCUCGGAGUAUCAACUGUCGGUCUCAGGGUUCACUGGGGAUGGCGUUUUUGGAGACCGCUUCAACCUCGGGGACCCAGCUAGAACCCUGGAUGGGAGUCACUUCUGUGCCAAGGACCACUGCAACAAUUCAGUCUACCCGUGUGCCGAGUGGCAUAGAGGAGCCUGGUGGAGCAUGCUGGAUGACUGUCAGACGAAUCCUCACCACAGAUAUGAAAUUGCCUGGGUUCUUGCUGAUAACGAAAAGUGUCUCUCAGCGCCUUCUCUGUCGGCGACGAGGCCUCGGAGUAUCAGCUGUCGACCUGUAAGGAUUUCAUAUUUGUGGAACAAACAGGCUGUUUUGGCGAUCGGAUAGAAAA